AUGGAACCGGGCCAGCGGGUAGUGGGCGGUCCCUCACCGGCUUCCUCCUGAUUGGUCCAUCCUUCGCUGCUGCUUUUCCUCAUCGCUGAACCCAUUGAGGUUCGGCUAAUGCUGAAGCAGCUAUUAGUGCCUUAUCAACGCUGCUCAAACCAGUAAGUACAACAGCCUAACUUGUGUGUUUUCCGUGUAAGUAUUUAUAUUAAUGUCAUCAGCAUCGCUUUACCAGGUAACCGUUUGAACAGAGCGCGUGUGAAGUGCUCUAGUCACGCGAAUCGGAUUGCACCGGACAGGUAAACACAUCCUCUCGGUCACCGUUUCUGUUGUUUUUUUAAACGUUAAUAUCACUCAUGUGCACAUCUCUUGCUAAAACGAGCCACCUACCUCAAAUAAAUCAGACAGGAUGCAGGAUUUGGCAGGAUUUCUCUCCCAUGUAUGUCUGUUUUGAGUCUCUAGUCAUCCUCGAGCCUCCGUCGUGUGCCUGCGGGGUGACGCAAUAAGUGCAGAGGAUGUCCAUUUUUCGCCUCUAUUACUGUAUGUUUUGUGUAGGCUAGCCUUAUGUCUCUUCUAGCCCGGCUGAGGCACUAUUUAUUCUAGAGGAGCUUCACUGAUGCAAAAACGUGUGCACAUAGGUAUUUCAUUCAAUAGAUGUGUUUGCUGCUUCACUGGAUAGAAGACAUUCACUGCAUACAGGGCUUAGUUACACAAUGAAAUCACGCAGCUGCUGUGCAAAAUCACAGACCUUACGUUGGACCUCCAAAUACAGCACGGGACCCUGAUAGAUAAUAAGAUUUAUCCCCAGAUGACUUCUUAUUUUCUUCUUUUUUUUCUUCACACUUACAGUAGGGAAGAGUGGGGUAAGUUGAGCCAAAGGUUAAGUUUAGCCACCCCCUGUUGCUUGGAAAUGGUAAAAGAAAUUGAUCAUGUGACUUAAUAUUUAGGCGAUGGGCAUCAAUUCGUGGAGUCUGUGAAGGUUAGAAGCAUGAGUGAAGGGGUUAGACAUUUAUCUCCGAAAAAAAAAACAUUUUUCACCCUUGAAAGUGAAUUUAGUCUGUCAUAAGUUGUAUUAGAAUUGUGUUCAGACUAAAAAAGAUCAUUUUCAAUUUGUCUUACCUCAAUUGUGGUAUCUAUGAGCUACAACAUGAGGUCAAAAACCUAGCAUCUAAGUCCACCAUUUUAGCUAAGAGGACUAAUAAAGUCAAAAUAGUUGUUGUGGGGUAAGUUUAGAUGACUGUGGCUUAACUGAGAAAGUAAAGGAGUCUGAUGAGAGGAUCAGAGUUUCAGUACAGAUUGUUGAACUGUGUCUGUUCUGAAUCACUUCAAGGCAUUCUCAUGUUAAAAUGGCUUUUUACAAAACAGCUUUUUAGCAGUUAUAUGCAAUAAUAAUAAAAUGUAUUAUUGUACCAGUUGAAUAGCAUAUAAAAAAUAAAAAUACACAUGAAUGUAAAGACGUGAGUGUUAUUUAGGGAGAGAGAAGGUGAGGGAGAGUGGGGGGUGGUUGAUGCACAACAUCUUGAAAUGCAGAUACACAAAUUAGAGACAGAACUAUGAUUGCCUUGAUGUAGUGAUCUGAAAUAUAUUUUAAAAAAUGACUAAUCUUACCCCACUCUCCAUAUAUCCCUCUAUUAGUAAUUUACACUGUUUAAAAUGCAUUUUAACUGUGUUUUUCUCCCCCCCAGCAUAAUGGCAUCACUUUCUGAGACAAAGGAGCUCUUCAGGAGAGCAGAGGCUGUCUGUUUUGAUGUGGAUAGCACAGUUAUCAAAGAAGAAGGCAUAGAUGAACUUGCCAAAUUUUGUGGUGUUGGGGAUGCGGUCACUGAAAUGUAAGUGUAUUAAAACUCAAACCGUUUUAAACAUGAUUAGGAAGGUUGAGAUUUUUUAUUCUAACUAUUUUUUCAUUUUUUUUUGCUCUUUCACAUUUUAGGACUCGCAAAGCUAUGGGUGGCUCUAUGACAUUUAAAACGGCCUUGACAGAGCGUCUCUCCAUUAUUCGCUGCUCCAGGGAACAAGUGAACAAACUUAUCACAGACCAUCCACCUCAGCUGACCCCAGGCAUCAGGUAAGUCUUGGCUAUCCCCACACUAACCCACAUAAAGGACUGCCGUCAUAUAAACAGAACCAUCUGACCAUAGACCUUUUUUAAUUCUUGGCAUCAACAGUUAAAAACAUAAAUAAAUAUACACUUCCUGUGAUGCAAUGCCUUCAACCCAUACCCUAACGUACAAAAAUGUAAACAGGAUAAAGCAAAUUAAAUGUAAGAACUCUAUGAUUUAAUGUUGAUGCUUGCAGGGAGCUCGUGGACCGUCUGCAUCAGCGCAACAUAAAGGUUUUCCUCAUCUCAGGUGGCUUCCGCUGCAUUGUUGAACAUGUAGCCACUCAGCUGAACAUCCCCCUUCAUCACGUCUACGCCAAUCGACUCAAGUUCUACUUCAAUGGUAGGUGCUAGAGGCUGAGUAUUUCCUUUUUUCUGUUUUAAUCAAAGUGGAACAUGGUAGGAGCAUCUGAACACAACCUUGUCCUACAUCUCAAGUAUGUAUUUGUGGGUUUGUUUUCCAGGAGAGUAUGCUGGUUUUGAUGAGAGUCAGCCCACAGCUGAGAGUGGUGGGAAGGGGAAGGUGAUCAGUAUGCUGAAGGAGCAGUACGGUUUUGAGACGGUGGUGAUGAUCGGGGAUGGAGCCACUGAUCUAGAGGCCUGUCCUCCUGCGGUGAGUGUGAAGUCUGUGGUUCUUAUCAUACAUUUUAGUGUGUGCAUGAUAGAUGGAUCACACAGCCAAGCAUACUAGAGCUACAGUGUGGUGACAGUGUCUGUUCUUCCUCUCUCAGAGUGCUUUCAUUGGCUUUGGAGGAAACGUCAUCAGGCCACAGGUUAAGGAGAAAUCUUUGUGGUAUGUCACAAGUUUUGGGGAGCUGUUGAAGGAACUGGAGAAGAUUUAAGGAUCCUUGAAGAGUGCUGUUACUCAUUUUAACUUUUUAUUUUUGCACCCAAGGGUGUGCAUGUAAUGGUUUUAUCCAGUGCACAUCGUUUCCUUUAACUCUGAAUAGAUUUUUAUAAUGAACGGAAAUGUUUACACUAGUGAGACCAACCUUACCUUCAUGGGGAUGUUUCCCUGUUGAUUUUAAUCAUAGAAGAUACUAAACACAUAACCAAACACUAUGUCAGGGUUAACAAGAUGAUUUAGAUGUUUUUGCACUUUUUCCAUCAAAGUCUUUAGGCAAGCUAAUACAACUCCUUUAUAUUAUGGCAAGUGCAAUGAGCAAUAGAGAUGUUUUUUUUUUUGUUUUUUUUAAUGUAUUGAUAAGAGCUGUAGCAAGACACACCGAGUGUAAAAAGAACAUAAGCAUUAAACAAACAAACGUGCUGUUAAAGAUUUUGUUUGAACUGCUUUAUUCAGUUGUGACUUUCUUGUCGUUUCCUCAAAACUGUCCUCCCUGAACUGAGGAACAAAAACACAAGAUAUACAUGCUCCCUUUGACAGUAACUCAACUUUUUCAAUGUACAGCAGCACAAAUCUGUACUGGAUUUACUCAGCCACUCAGUGAUAAUUUUUGUUUCCAGAGUUUUUCAUACAUGAAAGUUAUACCCCUUUAAAACACGUUGGAUAAAAACUCUUUAAAACCAGGCAUGUUGUCUUCACAAAUAAAAAUACAAACACGGCACCAAAAAACAUCAACAUUACCAUGACCAAGGAACAGCCAGAAAACAACCGAAGAAGGAGUGAUUUGAAAUAAAAAGAGGUCUUGAAAACAAAUAUAAAAUAAGAUUUAUAUUUCACACCAUUUCAAACUUUAUUUUUGAUAUACAGUCCGGCUCUCACUUCAGUCAGUAUUAACACAGCUUGUUUCUAAGUUGCCGCUACUCAUCACACUUAAAAUAAAUGUGUCCCAAAUUUACAUUAAAUAAAUAAAAAGCUCUUGAACUAUGCAGUAAGCCUCAGCAGUUCUGUUCCUCACGCCCAACAGCUGCUCAUCUUUUCAAGUAACUUUGGUUCUUAACUCUGAUGAGGUCUUCAUGGCCAAGUUUUAAUGUGGCACGAGACGUCAGGCCUAACAGCCAUCAGGAGGUUUGAAUUGGCCAAAUUUACUCAUCCUGCCCCAGAACCGGGAUAAUGAAAGAGUUGUGUGUAAGGUAUUUUUCAUCUUAUUUAUAUAUAUAUAUUUAUAUGUAUGGCAGACAUGGUUUCCCCCCUCUGUCCUAGUGGCAUCUUGAAGUAAUAAAAUAAAGACAAGAACAGAGAAGGGAUGACUGGCAGCACCGAAAGGAGGUUAAACGGUGAUAGUAAUGCUCUGGAUGAAAGUAACAUUCAGAAAGAUGCCACUUGAUGUUGGAUCACUUUUCAGUUUUACUGCAGCGGGGAAGCCUUUGUGGGGAUCAUAAUCCUAGAGUCCAUGUGCUGAAUGAGGGGAACUG